AUGGGUGCCAAAACUUCCGGGCCCAAAUUGGAGCAACGGAUUCAGUGUAUAAAAUUUACCAUCUUUUGCUUAAAUGCUAUCAUAUGGUUACUCGGCAGCUCAAUGUUCGGAUUGUGCAUGUGGCUAAGGCUGGAUCCAGGUUUUCAAGAGUGGGUGGAUUUCCUUGAUAUCUAUGAAUUUUACAUUGGCAUCUACAUUCUACUUGUUGCCUCAAUACUCAUCGUAAUUAUCACGUUCAUUGGAUGUGGCGUUGCCCUUAUGGAACAUGUCCUUGGCCUUUUCAUUUUUGUAGGUCUGCAAUUAUUGUGCUAUGUUAUGGGGUUGGCAGGAACAGCAAUACUCCUUGAUUAUUCUACUUACGACAGUCACAUCCAGCCUCUUAUACGAAAAUCUAUGACUGCUCUCAUCAACAACUAUCAUGAUGACAGAGCAACGUACAUUCUACAAUUGAUUCAAGAAAGUAUCGGCUGCUGUGGUGCUGAUGGACCAAGGGACUAUUUGAUUUUGAAGAAACCAUUACCCACGGAAUGUCGAGAUACGGUUACUGGGAACGCCUUUUUUCACGGUUGCGUUGAAGAGAUUUCUUGGUUUUUGGAAGGCAGAUCAGAGUGGCUGGCUGGUCUGGCACUGGCCUUGUGUUUGCUUCAUGUGAUAAUCGCUGCUCUAAGUUUGGCGCUUGUCCGUGCAAUUAAGAAGGAAGAGAAUUCUAUUACGUUCAAACGUUAA